AUGCCCACGGUGCCGAUGGAUCUCUUCGUCGCCGCGACGCACGCGCUGGAGGGGGCGGACGCGGCGUCGAUGGGCGAUCGCGCGUCUUGGGCGGGACGACGGCGGAAUGAUGAUGAUGUUGAUGUUGAUGACGACGACGACGACGACGACGACGACGACGGCGCGCCGGAGUUUGCGUUUGAUUCCGAUUCGAGCUCGUGGACGUCGAGCGAUGCCGAGACGGGGCGCGAGACGGAUUGCGAGACGGAUUGCGACUCGAUCGACGCGAGCGAACUUCCGAGUUGGUUGACGCGCGUGCGGGACGGCGCGAACGUCGCGGAGGAUGAACACACGGACGCCGCGCACGCGGAACCGCCGAGAACGAGGAAUGAGAUUGAGCUCGAGGCACGAAAAGUGGUGGUGAUCGAGGAUAUUGAUGCGGGAGAGGCGAUUCGGAGCGUCGGGCGGGUGACGAGCGUGGUGGGACGCGUCGUCGUCGUCGCGAGCGCGCCGGGGCGACGAGGGGGUGAUGGCGACGGCGAUACCCUGGACGAGGAGAGCGUGUUGUGUCUGAAGGAUCGACGAGGUUUGGGGGCGAUCGAGGAGGUUUUUGGGCCGGUGAGCUCGCCGUUGUACUCGGUGCGGUUGCCGACGGCGGAGGACGCGGGUCGGGCGCCUCCCGAGGUCGAGGUGGAUGACGAGGUGUUCGUCGUCGUCGGACGGUCGAGGAUGAUUCCAAACGUGAAGAAUCUUUAUAAAAAGGGGUACGACGCGAGCGGCAAGGACGAUGAGGAGGUGGCGGAGGACGAGGAGUUCAGCGACGACGAGAAGGAGGCGGCGGCCAAGGCGGCGCGGAAAAAGCCGGCGAAGAAACGAUCGGCGAGCGCGCGCGGAGGACGGAGCGGGGGGUCGAACGGGCCGCCACCGCCGCCACCACCCGUCAUGGGCGGCGGUGGGUACUUCGGGAUGCAGGGUUUGCCGCGACCGCCGCCGCCGGGUCGCGCGCCGGGGGCGAACCAGAACGCGCCGACGAUGUACGUCCCGGUGACGUACGACGCGCAGGGACAACCGGUGAUCAUGAUGCCGCAGGGCUACGGCGGCGCGAACCGCGCACCGCCACCGCCGCCACCGCCGCCACCGCCGAGAUCGUAG